AGCAUGGUUUAGUAACGUUUUUCUUACAUAGUGUACAAGUUUUCUAAUCGACUCACUCCUGGUGAAGGUGGCGACGGAAGACCCGGCUCGUACAGAAAGGCUCGAACAUGUGCAGCAGCAUCGCCCGCCUGCUCCUGCUGGGUGUGGCGUUCCAUGCGCUAUGCAUCCUCAGCGUUUUCGACAUCUACUUCCAGUCGACUGUCGAGUCCUCCAUUUACAGCGCCAACUACACCUCGUCGCCUCCAGCCAAGCGCGUCAUCAUCUUCACAUUCGACGGCUGUCGCGUCGACAAACUCUUCAAAGUCGUUGCCGGCAACGUAAACCACUACGACCUCAACCCGAACGGCUCUACAAACACCACCAACUUCAGCUCCGACAGUCGUGUGCCUUUCCUAGGCGUUGUAAUGCGAAAUCGCGGCAGUUGGGGCGUCUCACACAACCACGCACCUACCGAAAGUCGGGCAUGUCACGUGGCGCUAACUGCCGGAAUGUAUGAGGACCCACACGCCGUCUCUAAUAGCUGGAAGCGGCACCCAGUGCCCUUCGACUCCGUCUUCAAUCAGAGCAAUAAUGCCUUCAUCUUUGGUAAUAAAGACGUCGCCCCGAUCCUCGCAGCUCAUGCACCACAAGCUGUGGAAAAGCACUAUUCUGCGAGAGAGGAAGGCAACAUGGUACGCGAAGAUACAACGCUGCUGGAUCUGUGGGCAUAUCGCAGAGUGAAAGAAUUAUUUACAAAAGGAGCUGAAGCCAGGGAUCCGGAAUUGUACAGGAAGUUGCAUGACGAGAAAUUGGUGAUCUAUUGUCAUUUUCUAGGCACUGAUUUGACAGGACCGAAAUAUGGUGCCGAUUCGAAAAAGUACUUGGAGAAUAUUGCUGUGGUGGAUGAUUUGAUCGAGAAGACGUACAAGAUGAUCGAGGAGUAUUAUGGAAACGAUGGACGAACAGCGUACGUCGUCAACGCGGACCAUGGAAUGGAUCUUCGUGGCGACCACGGUGACGACGCUCCGGCCAAAACGAGGACGGCAAUUAUUGCGUGGGGUGCCGGUGUCCUGGGACCUGAGACAGCGAAAAAGACUGACAAGCAAGAUUUUGAUAUUGAGUUGCCCACUCGAUCUAGAGUUGAAUUGCAGACACGCCUGGGGGCACAGGCAAACGAGGAGGAGGUUGCUACCCGUGAGUGGAGUGCAGUGCUUGACUUCAAGCGCAAAGAUGUUAUGCAGACAGAUGUGGCGGCACUUAUCAGUGCUUUGGCAGGACUGCCAUAUCCCCGCAAUUCGGUUGGAGUUCUGCCGUUUACGUACUUGCCCAAGGACAAAUAUCGCGUAAAUGCUAUGCGUGCAAAUGCACAGCAACUAUACCACCAUGCCUUACGCAAGGAGGAAGUGAAGCGCGCUCACCGGGGGAUGUUAUUUGUUCCAUACUCACCUCUCCACCAUCGGGUACCAGACCUUGAGGCUCAUAUUGACGAGGCCAUCAAUAGCCUACCUGAAGGUAAAAGCCACGCAAUUCACGACGAUGCGCACCGUGUCGUGGAACUGUUGAGUCAGGAGAUGAUUGAUAUUUGUCGGAACGCGAUCGAUUAUUACCAUACGUACGACUGGUUGUUCUUGCGAGGAUCGAUCGUGCUGGGGUACAUUGGUUGGGCACUAAUCAUGACGGUAGCUUAUCUGCACCCUCAAAAAUUCCGCUUACGGUGUCUGUUGACUCCUAUGAUUGACGUCAAGUUUGCUGCUACUGUAGCUGCAGUGAUGUGGUGGCGGUUUCUCGCAGAUUCGCCGUCGACGUAUUAUCUUUACGGAUUCUGCCCUCUUGUCUUUUGGAAAUUCGUUUGGAGGCAUCGUAAUGACCUGCAAGCAGAACUCCCUUCUGUAAAGAGUUUCGGUUGGAAAUGGAGUGUUCCAGCUGCGUUGGUUGUCUGUUGCCUGGAGCUGGUUGUCGUUGGUUACAAGCAUCGUGCCGCAUUUAGCUUGCUAUUUGUCCUGUUGGCAUUGCAACUAAACGGAGACCUACAACAAUCGAGAGGAAGCGUGCAACUGAAAGACCGUCUACACUAUCGAAAAUUGAUGACACCACGUUUUUGUUGGUCUGCAAGCUGUCUUUUUAUCGCCGUGUUCCCAUGUCUGCCGACUGAGUAUGGCGAAAACACAUCGUUGGUCCAUUUUGGAGCGUUGCUGUUAUUGCUUUGUACUUUUAUUGUGGUUAGCAAUAUAUCUCCUAUUCACGAUCAAAGAUCCCAGUGGAAGUCGAUGCUUUCUUCUGGGGAACCUCCAGUGCUAUUGGCAAUGCUGACUCUGCAAUGGACCUCAGCCUACCUGGACAGUAAAGCUGCACCUCCGCUUUUUAUGGUGGCUUUAAACUGGAUGCUUGUCAUCGUACCAGUGACAUGGUUACUCGUUCAAACAAAGUACCAAAGCCCAGGGGCUGAGCUAUCCUCGCUGAAUUUUGAGAGUGAAGGCUAUCUGGAGCGACAGCACACUGGUGAAGUCGCACACGUUGUGGUUGUGCGACUGAUGAAAGUCAUAUUAGCGCUUGCGCCAGGCUUCAUAUUGCUUAGCACAUCCUAUGAAGUGUUAUUUUACGUGGCACUAUGCAGCGGGCUUGUCAGCUGGAUUGUGGUGGAAGCAAAACAGAUAUCUACUCGAGGGGUUUCUAUGAGUCGUGAAGUGCGGCGAGCGCUGCUGCUGUUACUAUUUGUCCAAGUUUCGUUUUUUGGUACUACCAACGUGGCGAGCCUUACAAGCUUUCAGAUUCCAUCGACUCGACGGUUCCUAACAAAAUCCACUCCCUCCAUUGCGCAAGCGCUAGUCGUACUGAAGCUCCUGAUACCGUUCGUACUUGUCGCCUGUGCUUUCCGUCUGAUCUUACUGCUACCUUCGACAGUAUCGACACAAGAAAAAGAGCUGCGCGGGAAUUCUCUUUGGGUGUCGUCAUAUUUCCUUCUCGCAGUGGCUUUGGCGGACGUCCUCACCGUGCAGUUCCUGUUUCUUGUAAAUAAUGAAGGCAGCUGGAAGCAGAUGGGGAAUUCUAUCGCCGAGUUUUGCAUCGUCAAUAGCCAGAUUGUCCUGUUGCCGACAAUCAAUUUUCUCGCUUGGGUUUUUGUUCACGACCUAGAAGCUACUGGCAGAGGAUAUGAGCUAGUAGAAAUAAAUGAAGACGAGAAGGAUCACUAGAAACUUCAUGUAAUCAACAUUUUUUUUAUUUUGUUGUCAUGAUACUGC